AUGAUAACGAGAGAACAUCGUAUGAACAGCAUUCUUCUUUUUUAUACAAAUAAAAAUAAUGUAAUGCAAAACAAGGGCACGCGAAAAGGUAAACCACCCCCAACCUCAAACAGAAAUGGGGUUCAGUUUUAUACCUUUACGACUUUGUCACCAAAUUUUUCGCUUAGAUGA